UCCGUGAUACGACGGAUCAACAAAUCGAAUCGAGGAAAGCAAAGGAGUAGCGAAGCGCCAAAAGUGGCGCGUGGCGAACGUGGCAAUCUUCGAAACAAAUGGCCGAAUAUCGUUUCUCUCUCACGACGACAUAACUACUAAGAUCUAACUUCAUAUUCUAUGAUAUAUAUAUACAAUUUCUUUUGUUGUCAAUUUUUUGUAAUCUCGAAUCUUGUGUUUUUAAAUCGUAUUUUUCAACGAUGAAUCAACAACAACAACAGCAGCAUCAGCAACAACAACAACAACAAGGGAAGCAAAUCAACGCAGAACUUCGAUCCGGGAAAAGUUCAAAAGUUUCAAAUCCCAAUUUGCAAAAACCUCUUAGUUUAAGAGGUGUACAAUUUAACGAGGGUAAAAAGAGGUUAGGUUCGAAGAAUUCUGGUAUGAAUUCGGUGAGUCGAGUGUUUUUCCAUAAACGUACAGAUCGAAUGAAGGUUCCCAAGUACCAGAAUACCUAUCGGCUCGAAUCGUUUAAUCCUUUUAACAUAGAGGUGGUCGAUAACAUGGUGAGGGACACGAUGGAGAGUAAAUUGUCGACGGUGACGUCCUAUCAUCCAAACAUCAUGGCCAAAUUGUGCUGCGAGAUCAACAACGAGUUGCAAAACGCGCUUCUCAGAAAGGAUUACGAUAGGUACAAGCUAGUGGUGCAGGCGACGAUAGUUCAACGUUUCGAUCAAAGUUUACACGCGGGUUUCCAAUGCCUUUGGGACGUGGAACGAGACAAUUAUUCGUACUACGUUUUUCAAAACAACCAUAUUUACGCGUGGUGUUGUGUGUUCGCCAUAUAUUACGAAUAAAAAUUCAUCGUUCUCCGAUUAAAUAGCGCGGACGCAAUAUGCUCGAUAUACGUUACAAUUUCGAGCUAAUUCCUUUUUUUUUAUUUUUCUCUUUUUUUUUUUGUAACCCAUGUGCAUGAUAUCAUCCGACACCAGAUUACAUAAUGGCAGAAAUACACACACACACACACACACAUGGCGACCUUUACAAGAAUUCACGUACGAAUACACGAGCGUCAAAUUUGUUUCGGUUUUUUUUUGCGAUCGCGCGUCUGACACGACGAAUUCUUUUUUUUUAUUGCUCGAAAAAAAAAAAUUACUAUACGAUAAAUAAUUUCGAAAACUGUACAUCGAACGGAGAGAAAAAAAA